AUGGAUGUUUUCAUAUCCAGGAAACGUCCACGGCUCUCAAAUUCGAGCGAGGAGGCCAGAGACAAGUCAUCAGAUCCCUGCGAAGACACAACUGACACUAAGCUAGCAAUACUGCUAUCUCUUUUCCCGACGAUCAAACAGGAUGAGCUAUUGGAUAUACUCAUAUCCUGCGAAGGGUCUGUGGAGAAUGUAAUUGGACUCCUCUCUGCUAGAGAUACCGCAGGAGGCACACCCGUCGGCAAAAAGCGAGCUGCUAUUACCUCGACAUUCGGCAUGCAGACAUCUCUCUCAUCACACGUGUUUACAACAGCUGAAGAUGGGACCAUGAAACCUUUGCAUGAGAUUGCAAGCAAGAAAAAACUUCCACCUCUACAAAAGGGCAAAACGUUACAUCUAUACUCGCCUGAGGAUAUUGCUACCUACACGCCUUGUACUAUCAUCCACAACUUCUUACCCGCCAAAGAAGCAAACGAACUUCUGCUUGAAUUACUUGAUGAAUCGAAACACUUUUCUCGGUACGACUUCCAACUCUUCAACCGCACCGUCCAUAGUCCCCACACAUACUCUGUGUACGUCUCUACACCCGAAGAGCACCGGCAACAUACCUCCGAAUACGCUUACGGUGGCACAUAUCGGUCAAGUGUGCGCCAGGUGACACCACAGCUGCGGUCAGUGUCACGCCAGGUACAGAAAACUGUCAACGACGAGAUCAACAAACGAAUUCGAGACGUCUAUCCAGACGGGAAGAAGUUACAGUACCAAUCACCGAAAGAGUGGCGGCCCAACGCGGCAUUUGUCAACUGCUAUGACGGGCCGACCGAAAGCGUGGGAUAUCACUCCGACAAACUCACCUACCUCGGACCCCACCCGGUGAUAGGAAGCUUGAGUUUGGGGGUGGCACGUGAAUUCCGAGUCCGUCGGAUAGUACCUCGCGAUGACGACGAUACUGCGGAAGAAGAUCAUGAUUCCAAUAAGACUAGUCCAAUUCCACAUUCCCCACGGGACCAGACUGCAGCGACUGCACGCGCUGACGCCCAGGGCCAGAUCUCAAUCCAUCUUCCCCACAAUUCUCUCCUCAUUAUGCACGCAGAGAUGCAAGAGGCGUGGAAACACUCUAUUGCCCCAGCUCAAACUAUUUCUCCACAUCCGAUCUCUGGGAACAGACGUAUUAAUGUUACAUAUCGCUGGUAUCGUGAUACUCUACACCCACGCUACACUCCACGUUGCAAGUGUGGUGAACACACGAUCCUCCGGUGUGCACAACGUAAGAAUGGGACGAGAGGGAGGUACAUGUGGAUGUGUUACGCUAGUUAUACGCCAGGGAAGGAAGGGUGUUCUUUCUUCCAGUGGGCCGAGUUUGAUGAUGAUGGGGAUCCGGUGUGGGAAAAGAAAACCAUCGGGGACGAUGCCCCUACUUUGACGAAUUUCUCGGCAUCUCAAUAA